ACAUGUCAUUUCAAAACAACAUCAAACCCGGAAAUGAAAAUUUUUGACUUCAACUUUUGCAUUGUUUCAUGUUAAUUUACUGCUGACUUCAUCCCAACAUCAGAUUGCUGCACUCGAUCUUCUUCCUGGAUUGAGGAUGAGGCUCUUAAAUAUUCAUGGCGUAGGGAAACAUUGAAGCUGCAGGACCCACCAGACCUGAGUGGCAAGUAUAGCCUGAUAGCAUGGGUGUCCAUCUGUAGUUGACGAGAUGCAUGUCAUCGAGCGCCGCUUACCUUGUUACUCCCGGGUAUUGGCUCACUAUCCAGCCUGGGUGAUAACAGCAGUCCUCCUGUUUGCCGCGACAUGUCUGGUCAUCUCCAUAGCAAUCGGUGAUAGGCUUGACUUCUCAGACCCGAAGGCAGGUUUUGAACCGAGAGGAACAACCAUCAGCCAACGCUAUCUCAGCUGGGAAAACCUCAUCGACCAGACCGCUCGUGAUGAAACGAGCGCAAAACUGGCGUACCACAACCGAGGCAGUGCAGGACUUCACGGGCAGAAGGACGGAAUGAAAGGGCAACUGCGGACGGCCUUCCAAGCGUCGUACAACACCACGUAUAACUACACGUACAAGGACGAGGACUACAUUGAAGAUGUGGAAAUGCCCUUCCAGGCACCGACCUACUUCUGUGACAAGCCCAAUGUGAAUCACGCCCGUGUUGUUUUUGGUCAUGCCUACGGUGGGAACCUGUUCAGUGCCAGUAACAUCCACGCCAUGUGUGAUAUCGAGGAGGCCUUCAUUCGUCAACAGGAGGCAUUCAACAAUGCCUGUAUCCGCGCGGACCUCCAGGGCCGUGGGCCGUGCUGUAGAAGCUGGUCGCUCGGGAACUACGUAGCGCUAUUGGCCAAUAAGACGAAAUGUCAAGAUAUCACCAACAGAGAUAUUGACUAUGUCGUGAUGUUGCUUAACAAAUGUAGCGGGUUCUACUCUAACUUCAGUUUGGAAUACAACUGCUGGGAUAUCAGAAAAUAUUCACGCCAUCCCUGCAGCGUUCAUGAGUCGUGUCAGCGGGAGAAUGCCAUCUUUCAUAUCCUGCAUUACAUUACCGAUAUCGGCUUCAUGAAGGACUCAAACAACGAGAAAAACGAUUUUCCUUUUCUAAAGUAUGCUAUAACGUUUUUACCAGUGGCAGCGGGAUCUGCUACGGAAACUUUGUACAAAGAGAUGGAGAACACUGAGUUACGUCAGGGAGAUGUCGAGGUUGUCGCAAUAAAUUUUGGAAUCAAAUUUACCCUAUUUGAUGACUACUUAAAAACUGAUACAGUCUGGAUUGGCAUUUCUGUGACCAUUAUUUUCCUAUCUAUAUGGCUUUAUACGACUUCGCUGUUCAUUACGAGUAUGACCAUCUCAGCUGUUGCCUUCUCGCUGCUUAUUUCGUACUUCUUGUAUACAAUGGUGUUUGAAAUUAAGUUCUUUCCGUUCAUGAAUCUACUGGUGGUCGUGAUAGCCAUCGGGAUUGGUGCAGACGACGUCUUUGUUUACUGUAAAGUGUGGCAUCUUGCAAAAUCGGAGAAAAAUAACGGGACCUUAGAAAAAAUUGUCACAGAUACUUUGAAACAUGCUACCCUUUCGAUGUUUGUAACGUCCUUUACGACCGCAGCUGCUUUCUAUGCAAACUAUGUCAGUGAUAUCACCGCUAUCCGAUGCUUUGCAAUUUAUGCCGGGACUACUGUUGUGGCGAACUUUCUCAUGAUGGUCACUUGGAUACCUGCCACUAUCGUCAUUCAGGAAAAAUACUGUUCGUGUUGUGUUUUCUUCAGCCCUGAUGUUUACACGCAGGAAAAGAACGUCUGCUACUACCUCUGUAAGGUGCCCUACACUGUGUAUUACUGCCUGUCUGACUGGGCGAGGAUAUUUUUUGAGAAAAUCCUACCAUGUGUUGUGAUAAAAGUCCGCUAUCUUUGGGUGAUAUUGGGUUCAACUUUUGGAAUCUGUGGAUUCGUCUUUAUAUUCUACCACCCCAAUCUGAGUCUGCCAAGUUCCAACGAGUUUCAAGUAUUUGCCAGUACUCACCCCUUCGAGGUAUACGAUUACCAAAUCCGAGAUAAGUUCUGGUUCGAAAAAGCUGCCGGGACGAGUAUUCCCAUGAUGCCUCUGACAAUAGUCUGGGGCGUUAAACCGAUAGACAAUGGCAAUAAGCUGAACCCGAAAAAUACCGGUGACAUGAUUCUGGAUGAUACGUUUGACCUUAUGACGCCAAAUGCCCAAAUAUGGUUGCUGAAAUUUUGUCGUCGAUUGCGCAUGGUUGAGUUUUACGAUAUAAAGCCUGGACUCCAAAGUUUAACGAAUUGUUUCAUUGAAAACUUCAAGCGUUGGUGGAUGGAGCGUCCGUGUAUCGACGGGGAUGGGAAAAGUUUGGAACCGUGUUGUGUUAAAUCUGAAUUUCCGUAUCAAAGGGACGUAUUUUUAGAAUGCCUGCGUUUGUUUACACCCGAAGUUGAUCGGUUGUCUUAUGGCAAUGGCCUCGCUGGGCCGAGGUACUCCAAAGAAACUGGUGAAAUUGUCGCUUUAAUUGUUGAGUUUAGUAGUAACGUUCCAUUUUCGUAUUCAUACGAUGAAAUGCAUCACUUCUUUACGGUGAUGAACGAUUGGACGAGGAAAGAAAUGCAGUCAGCACCACCUGAGAUUGCUAAUGGCUGGUUCGUCAGCCAGUUAAAAUUCUUUGAUUUGCAGAAUAGUAUUGCAUAUGGCACACCCGUUGCUAUUGGUGUUUCUGUGGGUGUUGCUUCCCUAUUUGCCUUCCUAACCACCAUGAAUUUCUUGAUUAGUUUGUAUUCUAUCAUAAGUAUCGUCAUGACAAUAGCCAUCACCGUUGGAUCCCUCGUCCUCUUAGGAUGGGAACUAGGUAUACUAGAGUCGACCACAAUAUCCGUUGCAGUCGGCAUGUCCAUAGAUUUCACGUUGCAUUAUGGCGUGGCAUACCGCCUCUCCCCAGACCUGGAUCGUGAGAUGAGAGUGAUCUGCUCGAUGGAGCGAAUGGGUAGUCCAAUCGCCAUGGCUGCCCUGACCACAUUCCUGGCGGGCUUCUUCAUGAUGCCCUCAACCAUUCUAGCCUACCGUCACAUUGGGACAUUCAUCAUGAUCGUGAUGACGUCAAGUUGGUUCUGUUCCACGUUCUUCUUCGAGUCUCUGCUCCGCUGUUUUGGUCCACGGGGUGGCUUUGGCCAGUUCCAUUGGCCAACGAGUAACUGUUGUGAUAGCUGCAACAGAGAACAUGUCGAUAAAACUAUAUAUUCUGUGACCGAAAUGGAUGAGGAGUUUUCCCUGUCAACCUCUAGUACAAACCACGCAAUGGGGAGUGAAACACAUGAAUUAGAACCGCUUACAAAUCAUAAAUCUUUGACCCCUCAUGACUCGCAAAAAAAGGCCAAAUUCCCUCGGCGGUUGAGUCGUGAUCUUCAGCGGCGUUUGAGCGGUUCGUCAGCUGGAUCCCGGCGUGAUUCAAACCCUGGGUUACGACGGGAUUCAAACCCUGCGUCACGCCGUGAUUCCAACCAGCGGCGUAAUUCGAGUCCAAAUCCAAACAAACCAAUAACUGUAAAUAAAAUGAGGGAGGAUAGAUCUCCGAAGCGGGGUGAGACGGAAGGGGCCUCGGAUGUCUUGCCAGAAGUAUUCGAGCAUUUCACUCCAGCAGAUGACAAAAACAAUGGGUCACCUGACCAAAACAAGAUUUGGAUAAGACGGUCUGAAGUUGAAGUAUGACACAAUAUAAACCUACCCCAGAAUCUUUACUCCUCUAUUUUCUAUCCUGAUGUACCGACACUUUUGAAAAAGUCUGACCAAAGUAUAUUUUCAAGUUUAUGUUGAUGAAAUGGAUACUGUAAAAGCUUGUUUGUAGAUGGGUCAAUUCUAAUCAAUGUAAUGCCAGUUUCGAUGCAUUUCAUGCAUCUCAAAUCAUUGAAAUGAGGUCGUACACAGAGAAAUGAUAACUUGCCCUGCUUUUGCCUGUUGGGAUUGGAUGUCAUAGCUUUACCACAAGAGCAUUAUAGGAGGGGGAGACAUGUUGAGGGGUGCUUAACUGCAAUGUUCAGCAAACUUGUCUGUUAUUGUUUUGUUUUGAUCUAUUAUUAAAGAUUAAGUCUUUAUUCAUUGUUGCAGAUAUGUGUAAAUCUGCUAUUUUAUCUUUUGCUUGCAUUUAUAAUGUAGAAGAGCAAUAUUAUGUUUCUUUCAAUAAAAUUAUAUGUUUGUAGGACUAUUGUCUUCAUGGUGUCCCAAAGUAGCAUGCAUUGAUGUUCGUCUGACCAACUAACAAAACUUAACUAACGGUGUUUCGGCAGUAUUUUAGAGGGAAAAGUUUAAUAAUUUUAUCAGAAAAUUUUCCAAUUUUUAGGGACAUUCGGACACAAUUCCCUCACUUUCAAAAGUUCUUUCAGAAAUUUGAUGGAGUCGACAUCAGUCAUGUACUUUGGGUAACCAGUUAGUCAUUUAUGCAACUCUUUUUUGGUUUUAUUAGUCAAUUUUGUGAGAAAUCAUAUCUUUGAUUUCCAAAUCUUGGGUUCGAUAUUCUUUUGUCAUUUUAUGAUUCAAGCUAUUCUGUAUUAUUUUCUUGUCAGGUAUGAUCUUAAAUUCCAUUUAAAUGAAACCUUGUACACUUUAUAGUAUCUUGGCCAAUGUAUUAUAUGAUUAGUUUCUUUUUAUCACCUUCCACGUGUGACUUUGGCCCUAUAUCAAAAACUUUCUUACUUUAAAAAAAACAGACAGUUGAACUGUCCUUGAUAGAGGAGUCCUGGUUAAAGAGGUCAAAUUAUAUGGAAAUAACUAAUGUUCCUAAUACAGAGGUUAUCCUGGUUAAAUAAGUUCCACUGUGUGUAAAAAUGCUAUCAAGCUGGGAUUACAUAAGUUGAAUGUAAGUGACCACUCCCAAAAAGGGCUCCAAAAUAAAUGAGGCCGAGAAAAGUUUACAAACUUAAACCUUAGAUGAGGCCACAGAGAAUGCAGCUUGAGCUCUACUUGUGCUUUAUCAGCUCUUUGUGUAAUGAUGCUGUACAUUUGCUGCAGGGUUAGUUGCAUUUCUAACCCAAAUAUAAUCUUCAAAUAUCAAAAUAUAUAAGGAGAGCUUAUAUAUUUUUGCUAAUAUCCAUUAUUUUAGGGAUAUUUAGAUGUGCACCUCUACCACUUUCCCUUUGAGGGGUGCCUUUUAUCAAGUAAGGGAAUAGUGCAUUAGAAACCUGAAAUGAAAAUGUUCUUGCCAAUUAGGCAGUUUUCCAUAAACAUCAAUAAAAUUAGCAAAAAAGGCAUAACAAUUGUAAGUUGGAGGUAAGCCUUCCUCUUUUUAGUGGGAGAAAUGUGCUUUGUUUCAUUAAUUCAAGUUGAAGGGGCCCAAAACAUUAACCACAUCCCUUACUUGAUAUGAAUAUUUGUACCUCUAUAGAUAAAAGUUUGGAAGAAGGGGUACAGAUCCUUUAUUUUCUUUGCUUGGCUCUCAAAUUUCAUUUUGAAGGAAUCGGUGUUCACUGUGGGACUUGAGUAUGCAGGAGUAAAUCAGGGGUUCUCUAAGUGGAAAGUUGUGAUGAACUAUAGAUAUUAUGAGUUAUGUUAGUUAUAUGUUCACAUUUGGGGGGAAAACCAAUUUAAUGUUUUUGAAGAGAGAUUUUUAAUGGAAAGUAACUGGAUGGUGCUGGGGACAGAGGCUAAUCUGUGGAACAUAGAUAUGCACCCUCAUGGCCAUAAAGAUUGAUGACUCUUAAAUCAUCAUCCUGCUCUUGGCAAUGUAGUGGACAUCAAUGUCCCAAAUGUUAACCCAGCUAUAGACUAGAGUUUUGCUGCCUGCAUGUAAUGAUGGAAGUGCCUGAUGUAUAUAAAUGUAUCGUGUACCGGUCGAUUUUAAGAAGGAACAUCUUUGUAAAUAUUUUGCAAUAAAUU